CACCCUAAAGAACGAUUACCCUCUGAUUCCCUUCUUGACCUCAUCCAUCCUUAUUGCAUUCUUAUAAGAACAGUCUAUUACAAAUAUUGAAAAAGGGCCGACAGAAAUACGCGUGUGUGUGUAUUUAUUCUUUAAUCUUAUUACUACUAUCUGUACAAAGAGAAAACCAUGGAAAAGAAACAGCAGCAACACUCAGCAACGGAGGAUUCCACCACGAAUACUACUAAGAAAACGGAUAAAAAGAAUGAGAAAAUCGCAACAGGACACAGUCAGUUGGAUGAUGAGCCUUCUCCAUCACCGGACUCCAUACUUGAUAAUGAGCAACUAGAAGGAGACGGCCCUUUAACGCCAACUGAUUAUAUUUCAGACGAAGAAGAGGACGAAGAGCAAGAAAAAAAAGCAAAAUCGGAUGAUAUAAAUAAUGAGGAUGAAGUGGAUGAUGAAUUAUCUGCAUUACUACAGGCUGCUGGCUCACCUGGCUCCUUAUCUGAAGAAGAAGAUGUGCCGGAGGACGAUGAAGACGAUGACGACAACAACGAGGAGAACAGUCCAAUUGGCAACAAUGGCAUGGGAAUCAGGAAUGCGGUUGAAGAAGAUGACGAUAUCAAUGACAGUGCGUCGCCCUUAUCCUCUGUGCCAGAAGACUUUCCUUUGAGUCAAUCCGUUUCACCUGUCUCAUCUUCAUUUUUGCUUCCUCAAGAUGAUGAUGAAGAAUUAUCAGAUGAAGUUUCACAACACGAAGACGGCGACGACGAGGAGGAAGACGUCGAGUCGGAGGCUGUUGAAAAUGAACAGGGUAGCGGUAAAAUAGAAAAAGACAAACCUUCCGUAGCUUCACCUGCUAAGGCACCAUCCAUCACAACCAAUACCACCUCUAUGACAAAAAGACGAACUGGCAGUAGAGGAAGUGCUGAUGACGAUCUUUCAAAGACAAAUAAAGAAGACGAAAAGGAUAGGAAGCACGUUCAGAAUGAAAAAGUCAACAGUCACAAUACUACGGGUACGAUCCACCAUACUACAACCAAUAAUUAUAGUAAAAGAAGAGUGAGGACAGUAGGCAGUGACUCGGACAGUGACAGCGUAGAAAAGUUUGAGCAUGCUGCUAAAAAGUCAAGGACGCCUUAUAGCGCAGAGCAAGAUGAAGAUGACACAUUGAAAAAGAAGAACUCUAAAGCGAAUCAUAAAAAUAGCACCGCUAUGGUUAACAAAAAUAGUGACAGGUUGAAAGUGCCGAAUAACAACCAUAUGGAUGAAGACCACGAUGAAGAAGAAAGCACAGUUUCGAAACGAGGUGGCAGAAAACGACGCGUUUCCAAGAGUAAUUUGGAUCCGAUUGAAUCACCUAAUCGUAGUAUUCGUAGAAGACAUAGUAGGCAAGAGGAGCGCAAUAGCAUGUCAAAUGCUCAAACUCAUGAAGACAAUGGAGCAGUUAGAAAGGCAGUGAAUAACGUCGUUAAGAAGGAAGAAGAGCAGAAUGAUAGCCACCUUGAGAACGACACUGUCAGUAUGAAAAAAGCAAAUGCUGAAGUUGACAAUGAUAAAAAUAGCAAAAGCCCAACAGAUACUGUUUCAACAUCUUCUAUACCCCCAUCAGGAACAACAUCUGACUUGAAGCCAGCAAAUGGUAUAGAUAACUUGUCACCAACGCCGGUAGCAGCGUCUGGGAGUCAAGUUGAAGAACAGCAAAACAAAGAGGAAGGAGGUCAUAAUGCGGAAGAGGCUUCUGAACAAAGAGAUGUUAAUGACAGUGAUUAUCAUCAAAGACAUAAGGAAGCCUUCAAUGCCCUAUUAAGUAUAGAGAUAGAAUUUGCGAGAUUAAGGGAUAAAAUGUACAACGAAAAAAUGGAAGAGCUGAAUGAAGAAGCCCAUCUAAUUGCUGACGGAACACAUCCUGACUUAAUGACACUUAUGGCAGAGAUUGAAGAAAAGAGGAAUAAAAGAAUUUCAAACGCUGAAGCAUGGAGAAGACAUCAGCAUGCUAAUUAUAGAAAGCAAUUCGAAGGAUUUGAAUAUCAAGCAAACAUCCAUUUCAUUUCUCAGAAGAACGCGUUACGAAGAGCACUCAUAGAAACAAUAAAUAAUAAGAAAUGGAGUGUGGAUGAUGAGCGUGCUAAAUUAAAUGAUUUGACGAGAGCCGACUGUCAUAGACUACCAAAUGGACGUGAAAUGGUUCUAUCUAAAAAGGAGAAAAAAGAAGAAACAGCUGAUUUACAAGAUACCAAAGAUGCAAUUGGUUUCCCCAUGGCACCUCGACCCACAGGGCUAAACCCACGAGACGUCGAUGAAGACAUGAAAUUAUUGGGUAUUCCUCGCCAAACAUAAGAAAAAGAAUUUUUAUAAAAAUCUACGAAUCUCCAAACAUCUAUGCAAAGUAGAUUAUCAACACAAUCAUACGCAAAUCUGAUACCCUUUACUGAAUUCUUUCUCAACUUUUUAAACUAAUAGUCAAUCACACAUUUAUCGUAUAUAAUUUGUACCAUAACGAUCUAAACUUUUUUCAUCUCCUCAAAAAAAUAGUAUACUAUAUUUCCUACCAUCGACUCCAUUUAAAAAUUUCAUGAUACACACGUGGCAACACACAUAUGAUUGAAUGAAGAAUAAAAAGUGUCAUCGUAC